AUGUGCUCCACCACUGGAGUGCGAGAAAGGAUAUUACCAAAAAAAAACUACAGCAAAAUAAAAUUAGUUGGCGUUUACCAUGGUAUACGCUUUACAUAUAUGUUUUACGCCUAA